AUCACACAGAUGUUCUCAUGGAAGAGCUGCAGUCGCUGAAAUUCAAGCUUCCGAAGGAGCCACAGAGGCGAUAUCGUAAACUCCAACUCUUUUGAUCCUUGCUGUGUUCCGUAGCACGCAGUAUCAACGUGUGCUCGGAGCAGAGAAGGCUUGGUUUAUUAAUGAAACUGCAGCUUGACGUUAACUCCACGUAUUGGUUACCGUUUUCUGCAUAGAACAAUCAUGGCAGAAACUCAAGAAGAGAUGUCUCCACUUGAGGUGAAAGUGGCACGACAAAUAGAGUACUACUUUGGAGAUCACAAUCUUCCGAGGGACAAAUUUCUCAAAGAACAGGUGCAGCUUGAUGAUGGCUGGGUGACUUUGGAGACGAUGAUCAAAUUCAACAGACUGAAGACUUUAACUACAGACAGCAGUGUCAUUGUAGCGGCGCUCCAGAAAUCAAAAACUGGCCUGUUGGAAAUCAGUGAAGACAAGACAAAAGUCAGGAGGUCUCCAAACAAACCCUUACCUGAACAGAAUGAUGAAUACAGAGAUGCUCUUAAGCAAAAGUCUGUGUACAUUAAAGGGUUCCCGCUCAAUACUACUCUUGAUGAGAUUCAAGAGUGGUUGAAUGGAAAAGGUGCCAUAGAAAACAUUCAGAUGAGGAGAACCCUGCUAAGGCAGUUCAAGGGAUCAGUGUUCAUCUGUUUUGACACAGAAGAGUCAUCCAAGCAGUUCCUACAACGCUCAGACAUAAAAUCAUUCAAAGACAAUGAGAUGCUUGUGUUAUCCAGAGAAGACUACCAUGCAAAGAAACUUGAAGAGCGGAAACAGUCCAGAGCAGAGACAAAAUCAAAAGCUAAACGGGAAAAGGCGCAACAGCAAAAGGAUGCAGAAGAGAAAGAAAUGGGUCUGCUUUUGGAUGAACAGACAGGUUGCCUGUUGAAGUUUUCAGGGGAUCUUGAAAAUGUUUCAAGAGAGGACUUUCACGAGUUGUUCUCUGGUCAUGGAAAGAUAAAGUGGGCUAACUUUACAAGAGGGGCCAAAGAGGGCACCCUCCUUUUCGAUGGAAAUGCAAAGGAGGCAUUCGACAAGGCCAAAGAGGCAAAUGGAGGGGAGCUGAAAAUCAAAGAUAACAGUGUUACAUGGCAGGUGCUCGAGGGAGAGGAGGAGAAAGAGGUACUGAAGGAGAUCAUUGAAGCUCAACAGGAGUCUUUCAACAGAUUCAAGGGCAGAGACAGGGGAAGAUCAGGUGGCAGAGGAAGAGGACGACGAAGGGGCAGAGGUGGUAAAGAUCAAGGCAGAACUCGGUUCCAAGGCAAAAAGAUGAAAUUUGAUAGUGAUGAUGAUGAGGAGGAGGAUGCACCCGCGGCCCCAAAGAGAGAGCUAGAAGACGCUGAAGGCCCUGCAGCAAAGGUUGCCAAAACUGAAAAUGGAUCAGAAUCAUGAAGUCACAACCAGAAUUUUUCUUUUGUGAAAACAUUUAUUCGAAAUGGUGAAAAUGCAGAGGCAACUUAAAUCCAUUCCAGUGGAAGCUUCAGGCUUUGGCGAAUCGUAGGAAAUCCACCUGGAUGUCAACCUAGAGGAGAUUUGUAAAGCUUGGCAUCAGUUUUCAGCCUUUUAAGUACUCAUAUUGUGCCUCUAUCAUGAUUUGUGUACCUAUGUUUCUCUUUAGAUAUUUUGAUUUUAUGUUCAACAUUAAGUCUAAUUUAAUUUCAUCAGGACAUUUUAGUUGGUUUUGUACAACCUGUGUGACAACUAGUCUGUGCUCCACUUUUUUUUUCUUGUACAAUUCCUGCACUUAGUGAUAAGAUCAUCGGCUUUGCUAUUUUUUAAGUUUGUAUAAGCGAAUAGCAAAUAAAUCCUAAAAAAUGUAACCAAGAUCUGGUUGAAUGUGGUUUGUCAAAUACAACCUGAGAC